AUGAGUGACCGAAUCGGUAAUCAGGAUGUGAAAGACCUUCAGCAAGACUUGGGUGUUAAGUCUUUCCAGACUCCUACGGGGGGUCCCUUCAUUUGUGAUUGCGGCAAGAGUUACUUGCGCAAGGAACAUCUCAAGAGACACCAAGCAACACAUGGUUCAGAACCACACAAAUGCCACAUUUGUGGGCAGUUGUAUUUGCGCAAGGAUGUCUUAAAGCGCCACUUGACAACUCAUCAAGAUCCUUCUGCUAAACCACGUGCUUGUGAUCCUUGCCGUGCAAACAAGACAAAAUGUGAUGGCAACGGAGUUUCUGAUUGUUCGUUUUGUAAGAACAAAUCUAUUACCUGCAAGUACUCUCUGCGCCGAUCAAGGAUGCAGAGAAAUGCCACUCUUGAAAAACACGACAAAAAGCCUCUGAAUGACGAACCAUCAUCUACCGCUCCAGUCAGACAACCUACCCCCAAAGCCAGUCUCGCAACAAUAGGAGAGGCCAUGAGCAAAUCCUCUAUGGCGAAAGCAAGAUCAAGAAGUUAUAGAAAUGCAUUACCACCUUCUAUUUCAAUUAUUGAAACAGCAACUGAGACCAGCUCAUCGAACGAUCCCAAUUAUUUGAUAACAAUUCUUAACCAGCUAUCUGCAUCACCGCCCCGAUCGACCCCCCUGCACGUCAAAGAUGCAUCUGCCUCCGAGAAACAAUGGAUUGAAGAGACUUUUCAGUCUUACACUAAUCAUUUUCAUCAUCGAUGGCAUAUAAUCACCGCUGCUACUUAUGAGUUCAACGAAAAGCCCUUUGACAAUGCAGCAUCGAUCAUGAUGAUUAGGUGUUAUUUUUCUAGCAAGCAGAAUAGCAACAGGGUUUUCAUAGAUCUUCAUUGUAAACUUGUUGACCAAUACAUACAGCUAUUGAACGAAGAGAUAACAGCAAAGGCUAACUCUCUCUGUGGUCUUUUCAUUGAGACACUGCGAGUUACUGGAUUUCUCAAAGGAUUAUAUGCACAAGAAGUCCUCCAGACCGAGUUUCCUGGCAGCUAUGGGCCGUGGGUCGGCAUGAUAACAGACGAGUGGAAGAGGUUCGUAAUUUUAUUUCUUUCUUCUUAUCAUAUAGCCCUUUUUCAUUUCAAGCUAAUGCGGCGAGUGAAUGAAGACUCAUCUGUAUUCUCUUCAAGAUUGAGACACGGAUAUCUCUCGACUGCCAACGGCGUCCCCGACUACAUUACAACGAAUUGGAGACCACCCUGCCAUCGCCCUUUUCCUUAA